AUGGCGCGAAACAUAAUGCGAAGAUCGAUCGUCUUCCGCAUGGGAUCCAAUAUGUUCACGCCGAAGAUCGGCAGUAAUGAGCGCAACAAUUUCAAAAAUGCUCAAUUCCACUUGGAUUUGUCACGACGAUUUUCGGGCUUACUGCGCGGAAAUUACAUAAAUUGUGUGUCUGUGCGACUCUUGAAUAUGUUCUGUAUGCAAAUAAAUAGAAUUCAUCACCUCUCAUCUCUUGCUCUGACUCUUCUGCCGCCUCCUUCACAUCUUCCCGCCAAAUUAAACUGCAAUUCGCCGACUUUGACAGAGUCAAUUGAUGUGGCAGAAAGUGCCUCAAAUCGGCACAUCCACUCCGUCAGUGCACAGCAAUUGCUCUGUCCUGUUCGCUGGGCUCAUCAAGCGUCUUGGACUUUGGUGGUGCUGCUGGCCACUCUGUGCGCCGUCAGUGCGCGCCCGGAGCCGCCAGUGAACAGCUACUUGCCGCCGUCGUCGUCCUAUGCGGCUCCAGGCCAGCAGGGCGGCUCCUCCUUCGGCGGGGGCGGCGGCGGAGGGGGCUUCGGGGGUCCUUCCUCCUCCUAUGGCCCUCCCGGGCAGACUGGCAGCCAGGCUGGAGGCUUCGGUGCUCAAGCUGGUGGCGGCUACAAUCCCACCGGAGGCGCCGGCGGAUUCGGAGGAGCCUCUCAGAGGCCAUCAUCCUCCUACGGCCCACCCGGUCAGACUAAUGGCUUUGGGGGUGGUUUUGGAGCACAGCCCGGAUCGCAGAGGCCUUCGUCGUCUUACGGAGCACCAGGACAACCAGGCACCAAUGGAUUCGGUCAACAAGGAGGCCCAGGAGGAUCUUUCGGGGGCGCUCAGCGACCGUCUUCCUCUUAUGGUGCUCCUGGUCAGACUCCUGGAGGCUUCGGACAAGGCGGACCGGCAGGUGGCGCCCAGAGACCUUCAUCUAGCUACGGCCCUCCAGGCCAGGACGGCGGAUUUGGCGGCCAAGGCGGACCGGGAAGCUUCGAUCCUCGCGGCCAGAGACCUUCAAGCUCAUAUGGCGCUCCUGGACAGCCCGGAGGCGGUUUUGGAGGCCAAGGUCAACCUGGACAAGCUGGAGCGCCCGGCUUUGGCGGAUCACAGCGUCCCUCCUCAUCUUAUGGCCCACCUGGUCAGGGCGGACCCGGUGGAUUCGGCCCUGGCGCACAGUCUGGCGGUCCCGGAGGAUUCGGCGGUGCGCAGCAGCCGUCGUCCAGCUACGGUCCUCCUGGACAGAGCGCUGGUGGGUUUCAAGGAGCACUCGGGUCUGCUGGCGGCUUUGGUGGUCCCGGACAGCGCGGUGGAUUCGGUGCUGGCCAGACUCCUUCAUCAUCUUACGGAGCGCCAGGUCAAGGUGGCCCAGGUGGCUUUGGGGGACCCGGAAGCCAGCGUCCCUCCUCCAGCUAUGGCCCACCAGGACAGUCUCCCGGCCAGAGAGGGCCAGGAUUCGGUGGCCAGGUCCCCUCAUCAAGCUACGGAACUCCUUCGUUCGGCGCUGGCGGCAGUCAGGGCGGAACUCAGGGCGGAAGCCAAGGCGCUUUCGGCGCCGGCGGCCAGGGUGGCCAAGGGUUCGGUGGUGAUCAGGGGCAGGAGCCAGCGAAGUAUGACUUCAACUACCAGGUAGAGGACCGUCCCAGCGGUUUGUCCUUCGGUCACUCUGAGCAGAGAGACGGCGACUACACAAGCGGUCAGUACAAUGUCUUGCUUCCAGAUGGUAGAAAACAAAUAGUAGAAUAUGAGGCAGAUCUAGGCGGUUACCGACCACAAAUCAAGUAUGAAGGUGAUAGUUCCGGGACAGGCGGUGCCGGAGGAUAUCCUUCAGGAGGCCCAGGUGGUCCAGGAGGUCCAGGAGGAGCUGCUGGCUAUCCGUCAGGCGGUCCAGGAGGAGCUGCUGGCUAUCCCUCAGGAGGCCCAGGCGGUCCAGGUGGUCCAGGAGGAGCUGCUGGCUAUCCGUCGGGCGGACCAGGAGGAGCUGGAGGCCAGGCUGGAUAUCCAGGAGGCAGUCUAGAGGGUGGGGAUGCUGGCUAUUCCAGAGGAGGACCGAGUGGAGCCGGUGGAUUCGGUGGCCAAGGCACGUCGGGCUUCGGGGGCGGAUUCGGCGGUCCAGGUGGUGCAGGUGGUCAAGGUGGACAAGCUGGCUUCGGUGGCGGAGAUGCUGGAUAUCCUCGCGGAGGUCCUGGAGCCGGACAGACGGGUUUCCAAGACGGCAGAGGCGCUUUCGGCGCAGCUUCGCAGCCAGGAAGCCGUGGUGGAUUCGGCGGCGGCGGUGGCGGCGGCCCAGGAAGUCGAGGAGGCUCGCCAGGUGGCUUCCCCGGCGGAGCUGAUGGCUACCCAAGAGACAAUCCCUCGAAUCGAGGCUCCGGCUAUUGA